AUGUUUAUUUCUGAAAAUAAUAAAAUUGAAUGCAUAAAACUAUAUCUUGAAUCCAAUUUUAACAAUUGGACAUCUGGUAAUGCACUUAUUGACCAACUUCUUCGAAAUUUUAUAAGAUCUGGUUCUGAAGAAAUCAUCUUAAAAUCAUUGAACAAUUCCGAUGACCCAAAUAUUGAAUAUUUCAAUGAGGCAGUGUCUCAUAUAAUAUUUUCAAGCCUUGGUUCACUUGGUGUCAAAUGCUAUGGAUUGACUAAAUUUUCUGAAAAUUUAGAAUAUGUGUUAAUCUUAAAAUACAUGAAAGGUGGUGAUCUUAAUUCUUUUAUAUUUAAUGAAAAUAAUAAAUUUGGCUGGAAACAAAUAUAUUCAUUGUUUCAACAAAUACUUAAAGAACUUAUUCCUAUUCACAAUUCUAACAUGGCACUUGAACAAAUUAAUAAUGAAGAAAUUUUGCUACCAGAAUUAGAGCUUAAGCCUUCUCUUCCACAAACAAAUUCAUUCAAUACCUAUAAAAGUGUAAAUUUUAAUUUCAAAGACAAGCUAAACUUAGGCGAUGACGUUGAUAAAAGCAUGCAUAAAAAUAAUAUUGGUAUCAAAUACAACAAUCAAAUUGACAAUAAUCAGCGUGAAAAAGAAUCUGGCGACACUAGCAAGAAUAUGCAAAAUAAUGACACUGAUAUGAUAAUAUUACCCCUUGCAGAAAAAAGCAUGGCUUCUAAAACUUCAGCAAAUAGCUCACAACUUUAUAAUUAUUAUGAUUCUUUAGAUUAUCUAUCCCAGUUUUCAGAUUCUCAUUUCGAAUCAAAUUAUAAAAAUCUCAAAAGUGGUAAUUAUUCUUAUCCUAUCUCUGCUUAA